AACACGCCGCCAGCCCUCUCACUCAUCGGCUUUCCUCAGGGAAAAAAAACUCACCCUGAUCCAAACCUCAGACUUCCCCACCGUCGGCCGGCGCCGCCACACCCCACGGCCAGCCCGCCGCCAUCCAUCCUCGCCUGCGGCGAUGUCUUCCCUGGUCCAGAGCAGCUCGCUCGAGCGCCUCCACCACGUCGAGAAGCGGAUAGUGCGGGUGCUGGAGCUGGCGGGGACGGUCAUGGAGGAGCUGGGGAACUCGCAGGGUCCCCGCGGCGAGGCCGUCGUCGCCCACUGCCGCGAGUUCAUGCUCUACAUGAAGGAAAUUCAAACUACAUUGCGUGAGGAAAUAAAAAGUGCUUGUGAAUACCGGCCAUUUGAGAUGUGUGACUACAGUGCAAGGAUUGCUAACGAGAUUUGUUGCAAAAAGCUGGAGUAUGUGAUUGAGAAGAUGGAUGCCAUGCAACUGAACAUUGAGCACAGCACCAAUGAAGUUUAGCUAGUUUAACUGGCUAUCUAGUGCCUGGUAGUGAAAUGGCCGUAAGGGAUGUAUUUUUGAAGUUCAAACCUUGGACAAACAGAAAUUUGAUUAGGGGUUCGGGAAAGAAGAUUCAGCAGAUUGAAGCCAUGGCACUGGUUUAUUGUAGCUCACUAGCUCUUUACGCACUUGACAAGCAUCUCAGUGGUGUACUGGCAUUACAUGCCUGACUAGGUGUGAGGAGUUUGCUUUAAAUUGCUUUCUUAUGGAUUACUCUCCAUUAUCAAUGGGAGCAUGACAUGCUUUGUGAGGUAUCUGCCGCUGAUACAGAUAGAAGUACUACACAUGUUGCAUUGUUAUUCUUGUUCGUUCCAUGUAUUCCUUUUAAUUGAACCUAUUGCCAUCUGGUUGCUAGAGCACUAGUGUCUGAACUGCAAUCAGUUAGUUCCACUGGA